ACCCCCCCCCUCCAUUCUCUUCUCUGGCUACGCCAAUCCCAGGCAUACCACCGCCGCGGAAUACGGAAGACAAGCGGACUUGCAAACAAACAAACAAACAAGCAACCCAGAGCUGCGGAUAUUAUUUUUGAAUUAUCCGGGUAUUACUAUGGCAAUAAUACCGAAGAUGGACACGAUACGACCUAGUUUAUAUUCCACGCUUUGACUGCCCUGUCAAAGCCGACCACCAGCACGCAGACUUCCUCCCCUCCCUGGCGCAGAGCCUUUUCUCCGUUGUAACUAUUUGCUUUUUUAGGAGAUCAAUUAUAUUUAUAUAUCGAUGGCGGGCAAAACAAAACCAGUGACCGCUGGGGAUAAACCGGACACUAUCGAUGACGCUGAACUGGCACUGGAAGGCAUAAACAUGCUGCUGAACAAUGGCUUCAAAGAAAGUGACGAUCUGUUCAAAGCACACAGGAACCACAGCCCUUUAAUGAGUUUCGGAGCCAGUUUUGUCAGUUUCUUGAACGCCAUGAUGACGUUCGAGGAGGAGAAGAUGCAGACGGCCUUCGAAGACCUCAAAGCGACGGAGAGGCUGUGCGAGAGCGAGAACGCCGGCGUCAUCGAAACCAUCAAGAACAAGCUGAAGAGAAACGUGGACUCCCAGAGGUCAUGGCUGGCCAUGCUAAAUCGCCUCCAAAGGCAGAUCAUCAUCGCGGACUGCCAGGUGUACCUGGCCGUGCUGUCCUUCAUCAAACAGGAGCUGUCGGCGUACAUCAAGGGGGGCUGGCUCCUGCGCAAGGCCUGGAAGAUGUACAACAAGUGUUACAGCGACAUCACCCACCUGCAGGAGGGCGGCCAGCGACGGCCCUCAGACGCCCAGGGGUCGGCCUCGCCCACGCCCUCCUCCAGGUCCCAGCAGUCCCUCGGCGACGCCCCCGGCGACGCCCCCGCCCCCGCGCCCGCGCCCGGCCGGGUCCCGGACGCGGGGCGCUCGGAGGCCCUGGACCGGCUCAAGGGCUCGGUCAGCUUCGGCUACGGCCUCUUCCACCUCUGCAUCUCCAUGGUGCCGCCGCACCUGCUGAAGAUCGUCAACCUGCUGGGUUUCCCCGGCGACCGUCUCCAGGGCCUCGCGGCGCUCGCGUAUGCCAGUGAAAGUAAGGACAUGAAGGCCCCCCUAGCCACGUUGGCCCUCUUGUGGUAUCACACGGUAGUGCAACCCUUCUUUGCACUAGAUGGUGCUGACACACAGGCAGGGCUAUUGGAGGCCAAAGAUAUUCUUCAACGAAGGGAGCCCGUCUACCCAAACUCCUCCCUCUUCAUGUUUUUUAAAGGGAGAGUACAACGCCUCGAGGGCCUGAUCAGCGAUGCCCUGACAUCCUUCAGCAAUGCCCUGGAGCUGGCCACCGACCAGAGGGAGAUACAACACGUGUGUUUAUAUGAAAUAGGUUGGUGCAGCAUGAUUGAGCUGAGCUUCACAGACGCCUACCGGGCGUUUGAGCGGCUGAAGAGCGAGUCCCGCUGGUCCCAGUGCUACUACGCCUACCUCACAGGAGUGUGCCAAGGAGCCAGUGGGGAUUUGGAAGGAGCGGCCGCGGUCCUGAAGGACGUCCAGAGGCUUUUUAAACGCAAGAACAAUCAAAUAGAGCUGUUCUCCCUCAAAAGAGCAGAGAAGCUGAGGAAGCCCAGGCCGUCGAAGGACCUGUGCAGCCUGGCUGUGAUCGAGGUGCUGUACCUGUGGAAGGCCCUGGCCAACUGCUCCGUCCCCAAGCUCCAGACCAUGAUCCAAAUCCUGCAGGGAAUCGAAGAUGCUUCGUGCGCAGGCUUGAAACACUUGCUUCUCGGCGCCAUACAUAGAACUCUGCACAACACCAAGGACGCCAUUCAGCAUUUCCAGCUGGCCGAGAGAGACGAGGUGGGGUGUCUGAGCAACUCGUACGUGCAGCCGUACUCCUGCUACGAAGUGGCCUGCGUGCUGCUGGACUCCCCAGAGGCUGCGGAGAGAGGGAGGGCACUCAUGCUUCAGGCCAAGGAGGAAUACGCCGGCUAUGAUUUUGAAAACAGGCUUCACGUCCGCAUCCAUUCGGCCCUCGCCUCCACGAGAGCAGAGGCCCCCCAAUGAGGAACGCAAGUUUUUGAUUUGAAAGAUGCACUGGAAAAGAAGAAUAGAAAGUAUCAUCCUCUGGCUCAACAUUGGCACAACUCAUCGGGUUCAAUUUGUAAAAAUGAUUUUUACAUAAUGAGCCAUGAACUCAUUUCUAGAACUUGGUGGAAAAAUACGCAAGCUUGGUCAAUAUUUAAGUUAUUUUAUAGAACUGUUACACUCAGCACUUAUGGCCCCUCCAUGCCCUAUCUGUAAACAAUUCACGAACGGAGCUGUAAUGUGCUCUAGUUAGCAUAAAUUAUUCCUUACUCUUUGUGGCCUGCUGAAACAUUAUCCAGAUGGAUUUUUAUUAAUUUUGAAUAUAGGCACACACACACACACACACACACACAGACACACACACACACACACACACACACACACACACACACACACACACACACACACACACACACACACACGACUCUGAUAAUGACUUUGAUCUAUAAAAGCUUUUACUAUUAAUCCCCUUCAUUGUCAGGAAUUGAUUUCAUUUUUACAUUGAGCGGAGCGUUGCUAAAUCCAACAGCCCUACUGCAAUCCGAAGCCGUCUCGUUUACAAUAGCCUAUUCUCUCGAUAGGUACAAUACAUUGUUGUAAAUAAUUUGCGAUUUGUUUACAUGUGCCAACAUGUCCUUGCACUAACAAGUGCCCUAGUUGCACAUUUUGUACAUUUUGCCGUUCGGUGGUUUUACUUUGUUUUAAACCAAUAAAUGUCUCGAAAUGA